GAAGAAAAAUCGAAAGAAAUGCAGCGGGGGAAUGAGAGAGGAGCCUGGAUUUCUGCCUCCGAGAAAGCCCAGAAGAUUUGAAACCGCGCCGACACUUUUCUCUACGGUUCCAGCAGAGCAUCCCCAUCACUGCCGAGGGACUCAGAGAGGGACAUGGCCUCAGCCGAGCUGGAAAAGGUUUAGCCAGCUGUUUUCUGAACCUUUUGCAUCUAUGAUGUCCUGCAGCUUUCCACAGCUUAAUUACACCCCGGGGGGAACGAUACCUGGAUAUCUCUGAUCCUUGCCAGCAUCUUUUGGGGCUCUCCUGCAGCUCUGCCGAACGGAGCCUUGGGUCCUCUCCCUUUUGCCCUGAGCUGAGCACGGUGGCGGGUGAAAUCUUUGUUGUUUCAGUGUCCAGUGACCUUGAAGGAGGUGGCUCGGUACUUCACCGCUCCCUGCCAGCGGGCCCAGUACCGGGAAGCCAUGCAGGAGAGUGCUGGAAAUGACUCCUCUUUGGAGGGUGGGAUGGCGAGUGGGAUGAAGGACAUCGCCACGCAACCAGACCCAGACAUCAAGACCUGCCUGGAGGACGUCUCCCAGCAUCACGAGCCAACCAACAUCCACCACAGCUCCCGAGCGAAAGGCCAAGAGGAGGUCCAGGGUUGUCCUGGGAGGGAAACUCCAGGGACACGCAGGGAAUUGUUCCCCCGUAGCCUUCGCCCCAGAGGUAGACCCAACCCUCAUCCCACCAGCGAGAAGAGCUUCCAUCCCCGGCGCCGGGGGUCCCAGCACUCCUGCUCUGACUGCGGGAGAAGCUUCGGGGUCUUCUCCAACUUGCUCCGUCACCAGCAAAGCCACGGUGGUGACAAGCCCUACGAAUGCCCCGACUGCGGGAAGGGUUUUGGGCACAGCUCGGCGCUGGUGACGCACCGUCGCAUCCACACGGGCGAGAGGCCCUACCGGUGCGCCGACUGCGGCAAGAGCUUCAACGUGGUGUCCAACCUGGUGCGUCACCGGAGGAGCCACACCGGGGAGAAGCCCUACAAGUGCCCCGACUGCGGC